GCGUAUAACUCAUUAUCCUUAUAAUUCCGAAGAAAAGGAUCGCAAUUUUGUUUAGUUUUUUUUAGUAUUGGCCAUGAGCAUGUUUAAGAACAGAAUGGGUUCUGCGUCUGUAAGGAAAGCCUCUCAUUCUGGCAGCUGGUAUACUGAUGAUGGUGCAGAUUUAAACCGGCAGUUGAGUGGAUGGUUAGAUGCCUGCAGCAAACUUCCAGCUCCCACCAGAGCUCUCAUUGCACCUCAUGCAGGCUAUUCAUACUGUGGGGCAUGUGGAGCCCAUGCGUACAGACAGAUGGACCCCUCAAAAAUCAAGCGGGUAUUUAUCCUGGGCCCCUCACACCAUGUGAGACUGGGCGGAUGUGCCCUAACCUCCACAGAGAAAUACAAAACACCCCUCUAUGACCUCAUCAUUGAUACAAAAAUAAACGAGGAGUUGUAUGGCACAGGGAAGUUUGAAACGAUGAGUAUCACUACAGAUGAGGACGAACACAGUAUAGAGAUGCAGCUGCCCUAUAUUGCUAAGGCCAUGGAGAGUAAGAAGGGAAACUUCACAGUGGUGCCAGUAUUGGUUGGUUCCCUAAACCAGGAUAAGGAGUCGAUGUACGGGAAGAUAUUCGCCAAGUACCUCGCUGACCCAGACAACUUCUUUGUCAUCUCAUCAGAUUUCUGCCACUGGGGUUCAAGAUUUAACUACACUUACUACGACAAGUCUGUGGGAGAAAUAUGGAGGUCUAUAGAAUCUCUGGAUAAAAUGGGUAUGGACAAAAUAGAGAGGCUGGAUUCCGGUGGCUUCUCAGAUUAUCUAAAGCAAUACCAGAACACCAUCUGUGGGCGACACCCGAUUGGCGUGUUCCUGCAUACAAUUGAUGCAUUACGGGCAGUAGGCAAUGGUUUCCGGGUGUCUUUCAAGUUCCUCAAGUAUUCCCAGUCAAGCAAGUGUUCCAAUACGCGUGAUUCUUCAGUGAGCUAUGCGGCGGGGGUUCUCACUAUGGAAUGACCCAUACAACUGUGAUAGAGACUUGAACCUUGUGAUUUGGUGUUGUUGAACCCUGGGGCUGAUUUCUAGAAUUAUCAAAAGCCUGUUAUAGGGGCUAAUUCAAGUAAAAACUUUUUUUCCUUUAAUCAUUUCUACCUUAUGCUUUCCUGACAGCGUCCACACUUUUUAAUUGAAAUUAUUAAAAAGAUUAUCAUAGCCAACUUACCAGUGUGUAAACUAGGGUUUUAAAGUUUAAGGGUUAAAACCAGCUUUACUUAAGAUUUGAGAAAUUAGCCCAUUGUGUUGUCAACCCCUUGUUAGUCUGUCUGGCUAACAUUUCUGUUGUUCAGCUUAGCACCAUGCUACAUGUUUGUGAUCUGAGAGGAUGUUCAGUGGGACUUCCAGCAAUGCCGGCUAUCAUGAAUAAUUUCACUGUGUCUCCAGUGUCUGUUAUAUAACUGACAAAAGUAUUGUAACGUUUGAAUCAAAUUUCUUAAAUCAUAAUUCUGUAUUUAUUUUAGAUUUUGGUGCGAUAGUUCUCCGUUGAAUUGACAUAUACUAGUAACAUGUAUCAUUUUGCUUAAAAGAUGGCGCACCAUUUAGCACAUGUACGAAAAAUAUCCAUUUUAGAGUGUUUAAUUACUGGUACAUGCUUUAUUCCAAAUUUGAGAGAUAAAAAUAGUGCAAUUUGUCCUUUAUGUAUCACUAUUUUUAUGUACUAUUAGUUCACCAUACACUUACAGUUGUAACAAUUGUACAACAUGAAUAGACAUCUGUUUGGCAUGUAUCUAAAUUUAUCUUACAUUUGAAGCAUACAGUAAUAUUAUGUGUACAUGUGUAUAGAAUAGCAUUUCUUGGGGAAAGUCUGUGCUAGAGUCAUAAAUGAUAGUAUUUGUUAGUUGAUUGAUUGAUUGUGAAAUGGGUAACAAUAAUUCCAAGACUGAUAGUCUGUAUGUGUAUUGAUGUCUGCAUUAUCAGAUCAAUUUUUUCUUAUAAGCAUGUCGAAUCUCAAACAAUCAAAUUUAUACUAGUUUUGUUAAGAGCAAAUCAAAGACUGGUUCAUUGUUACCUGUGCAAUAUGGAACGAAUAGAAACAGGUUUGAAACAGUAUUGAAAUGAAAUCACACGUGCUGAAUAGAAUAUUGAUUAUUGUUAGCUUAUCAUCGCUAUAGAGCAAAGGCAUUAAAUUAAAAAAAGAGGUUUAUCAUAUAUUGAAAUCAUUUUUGUGAUCUUCUGUGGUAUGUUUUUAAAAGGUUAAUGUUUCAGGCUUUGAACACUUAUUUAAUUUAAUAUUAUGAACAAAAAAGUCAUAUUUUUGAACAGAUUUAAAAGACGAAUGUUGCCAACAUAAUUUUUUGUGAUAGACCCUUAAAAUUGUUGUCGGGUGCAUGCGGUCACUUAUAAGAAGUACUAUUGAUAGAAGUAUACACAUUGUAUGGUAGGCUGGUAGUUACUGAUAGAGUUCAAAUUCAAACAAGGAACAACUGAUUGUUAAGUAAUUAUUUUUGUUUUGACAAUACUAAAAUAUGACAGGUAAUUUGUAAUUUACUUGAUAAACACUUUUUAUGCUUUAUGAAGUCACAAUUCUGGUGUUAUUCAAUAUGAUUGAGUGUUUGACCUAUAAUAUGAAUGUUGUUUUACACAGUACAUGUACAAUUUCUUUUAUUUCACUGAAUUUAAAAUGCUUAAAAUAAAAUGUUUAAGCUAAA